AACAUUCAGCCGCGUCCACGGAAACAGAACUGCCACCGAUUGACACCAGGGAUCUGUGGCUACAAGACUCAAGCGAGCCUGCUCCGUCGGCAAUGAGCGCACUGCAUCACUUUGGGGCUGAGAUGUUGAGACUCUCGAGAGGCUUGGAAGCAUCCGCUGCGACCAAACCACAGUACAGAGGGACAAAUGUUUCGGAACGCGGUGGAAUGCUAACACCGGGGUCUAUGAGCGUUUCUUCUAGUUCACCAUCUUCAAUGCUCCAAGACCGCCGAAGGCCGUCUUCGACGUGUGAUCCGAAUACACCGCUCCAUAGGCCAAGAAGCGCUUCAGAUGACGAGGGUAACGAUGGCCUCUUAGCACCGACAACGUUGACAGCCAAAUCCCGAAGUUCAGAAGAUGGACUAUUACUACCUCCGCCAUGCACCUGUCCGUACUUUGGCUCUGAUUCCACGCCUCCAAGACGCACUACAGAAGUCAUUAUUGUCCCUGGAGGAGAUAUCAACGGCUGCAACGGAUAUCCUCGAAACGGUAACAUGAAAGACGAACAAUCGACACCUUUGUUUAGACGAUCUAGCCGUGGGGCAGCAUCAAUGGUAACAUGGGACGAAGCUAGACGUUUUCGUAGAGGAUCCAGUUUUGGCGGUGCAAGAACGACAUUGUCAACACCAGCUCGAAGUAUUCGCCAAAGAUCCAUUAAUGCUCGACAACAAACGUCAGUGAGUUCUAGUCCACAACGACAGACGACACCAAGAACGCAUCAUUCGAGGAAUUCGAGUGUAAUAUCGCGCAACUCUUCGCGUCACGGUAGAAUAUUGCGUCUAGAGCAAAAAGCUACCAAAGUGCUUGGGGUUGUGUUCUUCACUUUUGUCGUGCUUUGGGCGCCUUUCUUCAUCCUGAAUAUGGUCCCGGCGGUCUGCCCAGAAUGCGAGAAGAAUAUUCCUCCUUGGGUCUUUGAUUGCGCGUUAUGGUUAGGUUAUGCAAGUUCCAUGGUAAAUCCUAUAUUCUACACGAUAUUUAACAAGGUGUUCAGACAAGCCUUCAAGAAGGUUCUGCUGUGCCAGUAUUUUAAGGCGAGAAGGUAGCCUGCACCCUGGGAGCGCGUCCGCCCAUCGUCAGAUCCUGGCUUUGGUGCGCUCUCAGUUAACCGAAACAUUCGAUCUCAAUUUGUAUGAACUGAAAGAGCUUUACGGUGCGCUUGUAGUUAUUAGUCCGCGAUAGUGGUUAGAUUGUGAAUCUAAAGCUAGCAUUUCUCUUAGCCGUAUUAUGAUUACUUUGAAAAAUAACAAUACAUUACACACAUAUUAUAUGGCUACAAUACAUAAUACAUUACGACUUAAAUUUAAAACAAAUGGUAAGUAAGCACAGCACUUAAGAAAUUAUAACACAACGAAUAACAACAAAAAUAUAUAAAUAAUACAGUGUGUAGGGCUUUCAAUCUUGCACCAUUUUCG